AUGUUCAGUGUUGGUGUUAUUUCUUGGAGGAAUUUGUGCGUUUCUACGCUAAGCCAAAAGCGAUUUGUACAUGAUCUUAUUAUAAGGCAAAGAACGGGUAAACCUAUCAUCAAACAUGGUGCAGGAGGCCGAUCUUCAGACGUUACAUUGUUAGUAAACUUGGUAGGUGAUAAAAUCCAAAUAUCUACUGGAUUAAUGUUUGAUGGACUUACCUCUAACAACGUCGCAGCUAGGCAAGGAACUCAAGUAGUUGUACCGUACAGAGAUGAAGAUUCAAAAAGGCAUUUAAAAGUUUGUGGAGAUUUAGGUCAAGUUGUUCCUCUGGAGUUUGAUCUUCGCAAUGAAAAAAAUAUUGAGGAGGCUGUUAGACAUUCUGAUAUCGUUUACAACUUGAUAGGUAGAGAUCAUGAGACAAGGAAUUUCACUUUUGAGAAAGUCCAUGUCGAAGGUGCUGCUAGAAUUGCUAGAAUUUCAAGAGAACUUGGUGUUUCACGAUUUGUGCAUGUAUCAGCCUUGAAUGCUGAUAAAAAUUCGUCAUCCAAAUUUUAUCGCACAAAAGCUUUGGGUGAAGAAGCUGUGAGAAAAGAAUUUCCCGAAGCAACUUUAGUUCGUCCUUCUACGAUAUAUGGACAAGAAGAUAGAUUUUUAACGAGAUAUGCAUCUACAAAAUAUGAAUAUAUAGUUAAUGGUGGCAGAUCAAAAGUUCGACCUGUUCAUGUUUUUGAUGUUGCUUUAGCUCUUGAGCGCAUGUUUAAAGAUGAAUCAACCACGGGAGAGACUUAUGAAUUAUAUGGUCCUCGUGAAUAUACUUUUGAACAAGUUUUUGAUCUAAUUGAUGAACUAAUUGAUAAUCGUAGACUUAGAUUUAAUAUUCCAAAACCAAUAGCAUUAGCUGUUACAAAAGCAUUUUAUCUUCCUUUUUUACUAACGAUUUCUUCUGAAGAUAUUGAAAGAUUAUUUAUUAGUGAUAAAAUUACUCCAGGGGUAAAAACUUUCGAAGAUUUGGGAAUUAGACCACUAAGUUUAGAAAUGAACAGUCUUGGUAUUCUUAGAAGAUUUAGAAAUGCUAAAUCUUAUGAUCAACCUCUGGGUUAUGGCCGACCUAUUGAAAAAAAAAAAGCAUCUACCCAUGGAAAAAGAGUAUUUCUUUCAAAUACCCUUAUCGUUAAUCAAACUUCUGAUGGUGAUGUCGAAUUAUUUAUUUAUAAUAUUGUCGCAAAAGCUAUUAGCGAAGAACUUUAUAUGUUUAUUAGAUUUAACUGA